CAAUCCGGUCAACAGCCUGAAAUUUAUAUCACUUCUAAGAAGGGAGAUACCCAGCCCAAAAAUAGAACAGAAAGAGCCCUUUGAAAGGGCCUCCCCUGACUUUCAGACUUCUGGUCUCCCAGGGUCCCAAAGGAUGGACUCUGCAUUGUCAAUUCAAGGUCGCCUCCAUUGGGAAGAGAUAGCCAUCCCUCCCUCCCUCGCAAACAGUCUGCAGAAGGCAUUUCUGCCCCCUUCAUCUCAUAAAAGCCCCAGUUAGCCCAAGGCUCGGCCACAGCCAGCCCAAGAUGAAGGGGUCCCUUCUGGGUUUGCUCCUGCUGCUGCCAGCGAUGUUUGCCGUGCUGAGAGGAGCGCCCCCCAAGAAGGGGCAGUCAGAUGCCCCUACCGAGCUGCCCCCGGCUCUGCUCAGGAGCCCCAUGGCCCAGGGCCAGAGGAAGGAGAGGUCAGAGAGUGCACCUGGUGGGCCUUCAUCCUUCAAGAGCCAGAAGACCCCUGGGAGUCAGGCCCACCUCUCUUGGCCCUUGUUUGCUCAGGACAGCGGCACCUCAGAUCUGUGGACUGGGCCCCAGCCCCACCCUUGGCCCUUGGGGGGCCUGAAAAACCCAGUGUGCUGGGUAAAAGUGGGCAGGGGUGAUGAUGGGGUCCCAGGCUCCCUCCAGGUGGUGGGUGCUCUGAGUGGCUAUGAGAGGGGCUUUGUGGAAGUGCUGAGACAGGCCCGCUGGGACAGCCAAGACUUGGCCACCUUUGGCAUCUGCCCCUCAGGGGGCACAGAAGUUGCCCACCUCUCUCUGCAGCGUUUGGGGGCCCGGCUGGUAGAGCCGGGCGGGUGGACUCUGGUGGUUCUACACCUAGAAGAAGUGACGUGGGAGCCAGAGCUGAGCCUGUGGUUCCAGGAGCCCCCGCCAGCACUUGAAGCAGGCGGCGCCCCGGAGCUGGCCCUGCUGGUGCUGUAUCCCAGGCCCGGAGAGGGAGCCCGGCCCGGGCAGGAGUUCGGGGUCACUGGAGCAGGGCUGCAACCGCAGCAGAGGCUCUGUCUCUCCGCGGACACGCGGUACUUGGUCCUGGCUGUGGACGGGCCGGCAGCCCCCGGGCUCUCCCUCGCUCUGCGGCCCCGGGGGGGAGCCGGCCCCUCUCUGGCCACCCCGGAGCUCCAGGCCCUGCUCUUCGGUCCCGACCCCAAGUGCUUCACGCGGAUGACGCCCGUCCUGCUCCUGCUGCGGGGGCGCGGCUCGGGGGCCGAGCCCCGCCCCAGUCCUCUUCCGGCCGAGGGCCGCCUAGAUUCGGCGCCGUACCCCCUGCCCAGGCCCUCCCCGCUGCCGCCUGUCACGGCCUCUCCGAGUUCCGCAGACCCGUUCCUGGAGACCCUGACCCGCCUGGUGCGAGGAGUCCUGGGCCCUCCCUCCAGCCCCCGCCCGCUGCCUCUGGCCUUGGACCCCGCGGCCCUGGAGGCCCUCCCCCACCGGGUGUUCAACCUCUCGGACCCGGCCACCUUGGAGCAGCUGGUGGAGUCGGAGGACCCCCUCCUGCUCCUCUUCCCCGCCGGGAGCCCGGCCCUGCUGGAGGGCCUGGCGGGACGGUGGCCGGCCCCCGAGGGCCCAGCCCAGCGCCUGGCCGGCAAGCUGCCGGCCGUGGCCCGGGAACUGCUGAGCCUGCCGGCCCUGCAGCCCCACGCCGAGCUCCUGCACCGGCUCCUGGCCCUCUGCGCGGCCCCCCGCAACGGCAGCAGCGCGGCCGAGGCCCCGGGCGGCCCGCUGCGGGCGCUGCUGCUGCUCAAGGCCCUGCAGAGCCUCAAGGCCGAGUGGCGCGAGCGCAGGAAGGCGUCCCGGGCCCUGCGCAGCGCCCGGCUUGGGGGGGACGGGCCGUGCCGGCUUCAGGAGCUGAGCGUGGACCUGCGCGCGGAGCAGUCGGUGCUCAUCCCCGAGACUUACAUGGCCAACAACUGCCAGGGGCCCUGCCACUGGCCGCAGUCCGACCGGAGCCCCAACUACAACAACCACGUGGUGCUGCUGCUGAAGAUGCGCGAGAGGGGCGAGCCUCUGGGCCGGCCGCCCUGCUGCGUGCCCACCGCCUACGCCGGGAAGACUCUCAUCAGCCUCUCCGAGGAGGGCCUCAGUGCCCGCCUCAUGCCCAACAUGGUGGCCACCGAGUGCGGCUGCCGGUAGGCUCAGCCGCCCAGGCCCGUCCUCCCCAGCCUCGCUGCGGACGUGGCCCGGCCCCGCUGCGCCCCAUCUGCCCGAUCGGAAC